GAUCUCGUUUACAACGAGAUUCCAAACCACGUUUCCGUUUCUAGUGUAAACAACCUUACCUGAUGUUAUCAGGAAAUCUUAAUUUAAAUCCUUUUAUAUGAAGCUAUUGUUUGGUCAUAAAUCAUUUAAUAUAUGGAUGAACACAAAGUACACAAUAAUCUACGUAUUUGUUGACAAGACACUCGAAAAUUCCGAGUAAACCUGAUUUUGAAAUACGUUGUAGUAGAUGAAAUAUGCCAUAAGUAAGACAGAAGACUUAUAAUUAGUUGUGGAUAAUCAUUAAUUUGUUUUAAAUGGGGUAAUACAGAGCCUGCUGAAUCUUUUUUUCAAACAUCGGCAGUAAAAAUGUUUAGAGGUCCAAGAGAUUACAACAAAUUGGAUCUAAAGAAAUUCACUGGACACAAGGAUGAGGUCAACUGUGUUGCGUUCUCACCAGAUUUCCAAAUAAUGGUAACAGGUUCUGAUGAUGAAAGAGUUCGUGUGUUUGAUGCCACAAAUGGUUCAAUGGUGUGCAAGCUUAAAGGACAUAUUGGUGCUAUAAAAAGUGUUGCUAUAGGUCCUAACUGUAAAACAUUUGCUAGCGGAUCUUAUGAUAAAACAAUUCGUGUCUGGAGAACUUCAGACGGGGAAAAUCUUCAUAUCUUAGAAGGUCACAUGAAGAGUGUGGAGGUAGUUGUUUACUCUCCAGACUCUAAACAAUUAGCCUCAGGCUCCUGGGACAGGACGGCUAUAAUUUGGAAUGUUGAGCAAGGAUUCCCCAUCAGAGUUUUGACAGGACAUAAGAGUGUAGUACAGUCAUUAGCAUUCUCAUUAAAUGGUAAAUGGUUGGCCACAGGUUCUUGGGAUUUUACGGUUAAGGUUUGGACUCUGAAUGAUCCAGAUGAUUCUGUUGUAACAAUGGAAGGACAUAAAGGAAAUAUACAUGCUGUUGCUUUCUCAAAAGAUGGCAUGCUGGCAUCUGGCUCCUGGGACAAAACUGUACGGAUGUGGAACCCUAAAACUGGUAAACAGAUUCAUCAGUGUGAGGGGCAUGGUGGAUGGGUACAAGCUUUAUCCUUCUCUACUGAUGGACUAUACUUAGCCAGUGCUAGUGAUGAUGAGACUGUCAGAGUAUGGGAUGUUCUAACAGGGGAAUGUAUUAAGGAAUUAGAGGGUCAGACAGAUACUGUUCAACAUUGUGCUUUCAAACCUGGUGGUGCUUUAGUAGCUUCUGGAUCGUUAGCUACAAUGAUAGCAUUUAAAUGAUAUAUAGUCUAUACUUACAACAAUUUUAGUAAGAUUAGUAGCCUCUGUAUGAUUAGCUACAACAUAUGCAUUUAAAUGAUACAUAGUUAGAUUGGUUCAGAUGAAGUAUUGUUAUAAGAAGCAUCCAGUCAAAAAAUUACUCAACUAUGUUUAUUUUUGUAUUCUUAUUUCAGUGAGAAUAUUAUUUGAAUAUGUUGAACAAAGCAGAAAACCUUAAAACUAUCUGGUUAGAUCUGAUUCUUCAUAUGUUAUAUAUUUACUACUAUGUCCCUUUAAGAUCAAGUUUACAGUAUAUUUAAAUUACAAUAAAUUAUACAGUAAGUGAACUGCUUUGGAAAUUGGGUUCUAAUUUGCAGAUAUUAUUUUCUAAACCAAAUUUUGAAGUGUAUAAUCCACAGAUUUCCCCCUCAAAAUUCAAUUGACCAAAUAGGGGUGCAGAGUUUACAGAACAAAAUAAUUACUAGAAAGAAAUCAUUACAUUCCAUGAUUCUUUCAUACAAAUUAAAUU